AUGCUCGUGCUAGAGGCCGGACCCGAGUGUCUGCGAGCCGAGAUCGAGCGCCUUUCCCGGGAGCUGAGUGAGACCACCCAUGAGAAGAUCCAGGCGGCGGAGUACGGGCUGGCGGUGCUGGAGGAGAAGCAGCAGCUGAAACAUCAGUAUGACGACCUGGAGAUCGAAUACGAGACCGUGCGCCAGGAACUGGACAUGCUCAAAGAGGUAUGUUGUAGUCUUUUACCGGUGUGUAUUUACUGUAUGAAUUUGAAAUAUCAAUUUAAACUGCUAUAAAAUGCAUACAUUUUAUGUUUGGACAAAUUGUGUAUGCAUAUUUAUUAUUAAUGGCAACUGUAGGCCUAGCCUAAGAUACAGUAUGUCCUGAAAUUUAGUUUUGAAAAUAUCUAUUCUAUUCUGAUCAGAGCCCCAGUCCCGCAAGGUCAAAUGUAGGGGGAUGAGGGGAUGAUUAUGUAUUUGUAACUUUGCCUUAUGCUCUAUCAAUGAUUCCCCUCUGUGGGUGAAUUGAUAUUAUUGCCAUACUACCCCUUCUCUCUAGCUAUAGGCUUAGUAAUAUCGUGCCAAGCUGCUAUGGAAUUAGCUUUUUCUAAUUUAAGAUAUUGGGGUUAGAGACAAAUGCAUUCUGUUUUUCCAUGCCCAUACAGUGUUUGUUGUGUAUGGUCAUUUGCUGUGGGAUUUGAAAUGUGAAUUCAAAUAUACUGAACAAAAAUAUAAACGCAACAUGCAACAAUGUCAAAGAUUUUACUGAGUUACAGUUGAAAUAAAAUAAAUCAAUUGAAAUAAAUAAGGCCCUAUUCUAUGGAUUUCACAUGACUGGGAAUACAGAUAUGCAUCUGUUGGUCACAGAUACCUUUAAAAAAAAAAAAAGGUAUGGGCGUGGAUCAGAAAACCAGUCAGUAUCUGGUGUGACCACCAUUUGCCUCAUGCUGCGCGACACAUAUUCUUCGCAUAGAGUUGAUCAGACAGUUGAUUGUGGCCUGUGGAAUAUUGUCAUUUUCAGCUUGCAUGAAUUGCGUACAGAUCUUUGCGACAUGGAGCUGUGCAUUAUCAUGCUGAAACAUAAGGUGAUGGCGGCGGAUGAAUAGCACAACAAUGGGCCUCAGAAUCUCGUCAUGGUAUCCCUGUGCGUUCAAAUUGCCAUCGAUAAAAUGCAAUUGUGCUCAUUGUCCGUAGCAUAUGCCUGCCCAUACCCCACCGCUACCAUGGGGCACUCUGUUCACAACGUUGACAUCAGCAAACCGCUUACCCACACGACGCCAUACACGUGGUCUGUGAUUUUGAGGCCAGUUGGAUGUACUGCCAAAUUCUCGAUGGUAGAGAUAUUAACAUUAAAUUAUCUGGCAACAGGUCUGAUGGACAUUCCUGCAGUCAGCGUGCCAAUUGCACGCUCCAUCAAAACUUGAGACAUCUGUGGCAUUGUGUUGUGUGACAAAACUCCACAUUUUAAAGUGGCCUUUUAUUGUCCCCAGCACAAGGUGCACCUGUGUAAUGAUCAUGCUGUUUAAUCAGCUUCUUGAUAUACCACACCUGUCAGGGGGAUGAGUUAUCUUGGCAAAAGAGAAUUUGUGCAGAUAAUUUGAGAGAAAUAAGCUUUUUGUGCGUAUGAAAAAUUUCUGGGAUCUUUUAUUUCAGCUCAUGAAACAUGGGACCAACACUUUACAUGUUGCAUUUAUAUUUUUGUUCAGUGUACAUUGCACCGCUGAAAUAUUAUAGGCCUACUCCAACAAGGAUGAAGAUGAGUUAUCUGACAAAUGCUGAAAGUUCUAUCUUCACUAAUGGAUCUGAGUAAUGGUUAUCCACUGCCACCCUGUUUAUUAAUGUGUAACUAAUAAAGAAGUGGACAUUCACUCAAUUGCUCUUGGUUGAUAUAGUUUUAUCUCUCAUUUAAACACACAAAAGUCCUCUCUAAUGCCAAUUUUGACAAUACUCUUACUAAAGCAGUCUCUCAAACCAGAGGACCUUUAUUCUCUGGUGUUUCCAGUCUGGUUUGAAAAAGAGGCGGGCAUGUGGUUUUUGAAUUUUGAAAGUUCCCGCCUGAAAAAGAGGAAGGAUGAGUAACCUAUUCACAGAGGAAACUAAACGAGUUUCGACCAUUUAGGAAUAGGAGGAAUGUUGACUGUUAGUUAGGGCAGGGAGACAGGAUAAAGGACUGGCCUGUGUUUCCAAACUAUGAAAAGCCCUUUCCCACUUAAAUGUAACACGCCAGUCCUAGUUCUACCUUCCUUUUCCUGGCAGAGGUUUCAGCAGCCUUGUGAGUUUGAUUAGGAAAGAGGGAGAGCGGUUUAAGAAGUAGGUUAGGGAGUCAGUGGCCUGGAUGAGUCACUUCCUGCUAUGUGGAACCUAUCUCUGAGAUUUUACUUCCUUGUUACCUCCCACAUGACUAGAACAGACCAAUCAUCAUGGCUCAGUGGGCCGGGUACCUUAUGAUGACAGCUCCCUUGGGUCUGUAAAUAUGUGAGUGGGAUGAGGCAGAGAGCGAGAGGAAUGCUGAACAGAUAUGACGCAGUAAAAGCUUAAGGCCUCUCUCUCUCUCUCUCUCUCUCUCUCUCGCUCUCUUUCUCUCGCUCUCUUUCUCUCUUUCUCUUUCUCUCGCUCUCUUUCUCUCGCUCUCUUUCUCUCUCUCUUUCUCUCUCUCUUUCUCUCUUUCUCUCUCUCUUUCUCUUUCUCUUUCUCUUUCUCUUUCUCUCUCUCUCUCUCUCUCUCUCUCUCUCUGAGAGGAUUUCUUGGUGCUUUCUCAGCUGCCUCUGCUCUGUGUUCCCAUGCAUUCCUUUGGCCAGUAUCUCAGAAUAACAUGGAAACCUCCUGAAUAGAGGAAACAGACUGACAGCGAAAGAGCAACAAUAGGGUAAACUGAUUGCUUCAAGAUAAUUAUAGGGGUGCUUUUGUUUUUCUUCCGCUUUUCCAAGCAGACAAUUGUUUAAAAAAACAGCCUGAAUCAUUGCAUUUUUGUCUGACUUAAGAUGUUGGUGAUGACUCAUUGGGUAGUCACGGAAAAUUGUGUUUUGAAUGAACAAAUGUCUAAUAUCCACCGUUUGUUUGAGCGAUUCUGGUUUGAUGAUCAUUAAGACUUGUCCACCAGGAAAUCAGUUAAUUGUUUGUGGGGUUGCCAUUUGUGGGCCUAUUGUGGAUAUUGAGAUUUCCGUAGAGUCAUGCCUGGAUCCGUUUGCUAUGUGCCAAAUUGAAUUGAUUCUUUAAUUCAUUUUAAUGACUGCCCUCGAUGCAUAGCUGUGGGAAGUAGGUGCUUCAGCCCCCUGAAAAAAAACAUUUGAAAAAUACACCUUAUCUCAGUGGACGAUAUCCACAGAAAAUACAAUAAUACAAUACAAUAAGAACAAAACUUCAUAUUUCAUGUUAUACAGGAUGCCUGAAUAGAAUAAUCUGUAAUAGAAGAGGGAGAGAUGUUAUUCUGCUGAAACACACUAUUAACUCAGAUGGCCUCUAGAAGUACAGUGCACUCAUGUCGUUAUAGUACUAGGGUUGUCUGAAUUCAAAUAGCUAAUUUCUAUUUGCCUGCCACUGUGUGCUGAGUUAAGGGAGCGCUAUUAGCAGCAAUUAGUUUGCUUUGGCGACUGGUCAGAUGGUCUAGCUGACUUAUACAAACAGAAUGUUGGCUGUCUUUGUCUCUAGGGGUUGUUAGGACUGUUGGACUACUGUCUAGUCAGGUAAAUGUUGGAUGUCCAUUGUCUCUGGAGAUGGUUAUUACACAGUUGUACCUGGCUACUAUUUACACUGGUAAAUAACAUGUUUGGUUGUCCUUACUCUUUGGUUGUCCUCUCUGAGGACUUAGACAGCUCGGAAGAAAAGACCUGGGAGAUUUACACACCACUGUCUGUCCAACAUUGGCCCUGUCCAGAUGACACAGAUACUCCGCCUGUCUCUGCGUGGGCACAUCAUUCAUAUUUGUUGUGUGUUAAAAGGACAGUUGUUACUCUUUUGUCCCAAUCUGGGUGGGAAAAAGCAGGCCAGAAAUCAUUGGUGGCAGUGAGCAAAGUCCAGUUGCCCUUUAAACUGGAGUAGGUCUAACCCCGGGGGCAGGGAAGGACAAACCUGCAGAAGAGGACACACACACGCACACACACACACUCACACGCGCUAGUCAACACCACUUGGGAGGCAGUGCAAUAAGUUGGGGGAAUUCCUCUCUGUGCUGUUGCCUAGUAACAGCACAGAUCUUUGCCUUAAUUUGAGCAUCCGGCAUGCUGCCUUCCCAGCAGGUGUUACUACCAGUGUGACUGUGAGUGUGUGACUGAGGCUGCUGCUCUGCAAAUUAAGGCUUUAUGGCACAUAUAUAAUGAACCAUAAGAGACCAUCCUAUGGAUGGAUUUGAUAUUGUAUAUUCUGAGGAUAUUUUCUGUCUUUCUAUAGGUCCAUCCACUGAUUCUUUACAUGUUAUUUCCCUCAUGUUGUUCCAGGUUUUGUAGUAGCCAGUUUUCUAGGAAUCCUGCCAUGCUAAUUGCUAGUCGCCCUGACAUGCUGCUUCCAUACUAACAUAAUGCUCAGGCUUUAGAUUCCUACUGCUGGUAUAUUGUCAUUCCUUGGGUCUCACACCCUCCCAUUACAUGUUACUGUAACAUAAGGUCACAAUCUCUCUGUUUGGCUAUGCUUUGACUCUUGUCAUUGUUUGUGAGUGAGUGGACCGUUGGCAAGCUAACUUUUCCCUCCCCCAAUCUUACCCCACCUUUUAGGGGUAGAGAGUGCUUACUGUUUGGUGACUGUUGUGACCCAUUGAUAGCCCAUAAAGAGGGAGUUGCUCCGGCUAUCUUGGAUUAGAGUGUCCCUCUGUUGGCUUGUUAGGCCUACAUCCUGGGUCACUUGGCCCUGGCUCCUCUGAGGUGUCCUAGGGUGCUUCUCAAUAAUUUAAAAUGGAUUCCUUUCCUCGUUUCCUUUUGUUAAUCUCCUUAGUCUCCAAUGAUAACAUCCCUAUCAAAACACAAGGUAAACUUGCUGUCAAAGCGUAGGUUUAUAAGAGCAGGUUUAGCACAAUCCUCCUUAGUCCUAUAACGUGAUUAGGCUGCUAUACUCUCCACUUUGUGAUGAUAAGACUGUGGACUUUAACCUCUUUACCAUUAACAGUACAACUUCAAAUGACAUGUUAAUGAUAUUAUACUACACCUUCACCUUACCAGUUGAUGAUAUCACAGGUUUACAGACUAGAGCCCCCACAGCUGUUGUUUAUAUUCUUAAUUUAAACCACUCAGCAAUGACAUCAUGUACCACACCUUUCUUUAACUGUUCUUGUGACUCGUGGGAGAAGUUGUCCCCAACAACAGAUCCAGGAUUAGAUUUCUUUAACCCCAUAGUCUCGUGAUGCCUUCCUUCCAUGUUUCGUUCAUCACUGGGCUGGAAAUUGAGGUUUCCUCAAAACCCAUUUUAACCAUAACUAUUACAGGGAUGAAAAACAGUGAUUAGGUGCAACUUCACUGAGACUGUGGCAUAUCUGUCUUGUUGUGAAUGUUGAGGCUGGUGUUACACAACUAGGAUGCAAUAUUGCAUGUGACAUCAUCUCAAGCAACUGUUGCUGUUACAUGUAGCAAUUCUAAAGCUCCGGGCCUCUCUCAGGCCUGUGGAACCGAUUGUCACGAGGUUGACCGGGUGCCAUAAAGAUGACAGCAUUCUAAAAUUAUUAUGGGAGCAGACAACGGCCCCAUAGAACAAUCCAUAGCCUUCUCUUUCCACAUCUUUUUCUCUGUUUCUCUCCAAUGCUGGACCAAUGCUGUUAGUCAACACACACACACACUACUGUUGUCAUGACAAAGGCCAGUGUUCUCUGGCUUCUUGUGACAUUGUGGAGAGUGUCAGAGAACACACUAUAGCCAUUCAGUUAUGCACCCUCCCUCUCUCCCUCUUUUUCCUCACUCCCUCGCUCUCCAGCAACUGGGCAUCAGACUGUGGAAUUCUCCCUGACAAUCGGAGGCUAUAACACAGUUAAGCUCAGAAGAACUGGGCACUCUGUACUCGGCUCGCUGGCCUUUGUGUGCCUGAGCCUGGUGGGGUUAACAGGUCUUGAGUGUCACAGAUGAAGGGAGCGUUAAACGCUCCCAGAACACAGAGGGAUGACAGGAGAGAUUGAGAGGGGUCCCAUUGUGGCCAUAUUUGAAAGGACUGGUCACUUUUGUCCCUUUUUAAAUGCCAUAUCACUGAAGCACAUAUCUAUAUGUCCUUUAACAAAGAUGUUUGGUGUGACUUUAAACCCCUCCACUGUGUUCGUUGUGUCAAAGACCUAGGAUUAGGGCUGUUGCGGGGACCGUAUUACCGCCACACCGGCGGUCAUGAGUCAUGAAGGCAGUCAAAUUCCACGUGACCGUUUAGUCAUGGUAAUUAGGCUUCUCCAAGCUCUGAUGCUACUGAUGGUCAUUAGAAGCCUACCAAACGUGCUAACUGCCUGGUACUCAGCACUCUAUUGUCCCUCUAAUCACUCUGACAUCAAUGCAAAUGAAAUCGAAAAUCUAAUCAAACACUUCAUUAGAGCUCAUGAGCUCAUGUUGCGGAACAUUUCAAUAGGCUAUGCAAUUGCGAGAAAACAAAGUGAUGGCCUCUAUUAAAAAGAGGAGGAUCCCAUCAGCUUUCUAUAGGCUAGCCCUACUAUAUUUAUUUCUCAACUUUCCUAAUAUUAAGCAAAUAUUAAGCACAUUGCUUAUCUUUACAACAGGAGUAUAACCUACCUGGCUGGCAUGAAAAUAAACCACAAGAAAAGUGUCCUCCAUUCGCUAUUUAAGUGCAGAGAUGACAUGUAUUUUUCCCCCUGCCCCUGUUUGGUCCAUUCUAAAUCAAAACAAAUUUCACACAUAUGUUAUUUAGUUUAUGUAAAGACAAUAUUAAAUCAAGACUAGUCUGAUGGGGGACAAUAUUAGCCUAUAACUUGUGAAUGAUGCCCAGCAUAAGAAACAAUGCCUUUUUUGUGUGACCUUUUUGAUUCAUAAUCGCACACCUCAUGUAGCCUAGCCCAUAGGCCUAUAUGUUUUGAUAAGGUUUGUAUCACAACUAAAGUGGCCAAAUAACUUCUUAAUAUUAAGCACAUUAUUCCACUUUAUAAGGGGUGUAGAGUCUAACUGGCAUACAUAAGCAGCGCGUGAAUUUCAAGUUUGGGGAAGAUAAUUUUCACCAUAAAUGCACCUUUAUAAUAAAAGCAUUACAUGCAUAAUCUGAUUUUUAGUCACUUUUGAUAAUGGUUUUUUCCGCUAAUGGAACAUUCGCGCUUAUAGCCUACUACCAUGUGCGCAUUGCUGCGCUUAUAAUGUGAAGAAAUAGCCAAAUAGUUUAUCUACAUUUUAAGCUAAACGUUCUGAUCUGUUGUGUCAGCCUCAUUGCGUAAAAACGUUUUUUUGAUGCUAGUGGUUGUAUUAAUUUGGGAUCUAUCGCAUCCCACAACUGUCCCAGACUAUGUUUGGAAUAUUUAUUCCUCGCACAGAAUAGGUCGACUUUUGUACUAUCGGGGAUAGUAGACUGACAUAGGCUAGUGGUUUUGCUGUUCGUUAGGCCUACUCAUCUUGUUGGCUGAUGAAAAGUAAAUGUGGACAGUUCUUCCAAUAUCUUCAAUAUGCACCUCGGAAUUGGAUAAGGACGCGCGCAGUUGCGUCCCCGAUGUGUCGGUCUUCACUUGUAGCCUGUGGGAAAGACCCGAUCACGUGAUGGAGAGCCGUGUAAGUGAGAUGAGGUGCUUCGGAGCAGGCAGCAUUCAGCAUUUAAUAGAGCUCAUGCCUUUCAAGUGACUUUUUUCAAAUCAUCAUAAGAGUCCCAUCAUGCAGCCUUACAAUGUAUUAAAAAUCAAAACAUAUAACCCAACGUUUUUAGAACAACUAAAGUUACAUUAAUAACUCUAAAUUAAGAAUAUCAGAGUACCUCUUUCUUUGUUAAACGCUCAACCCAGAAUAGACUCCUUCAAAUCGUUUGGAGAAAAUAUCCUUUCUAUUUUAUUCAGUUAUGUUCAAUAGUAUUCUUCAUACUAUAAAACAAUAUAAAAUAAUGCCACGGAAUUCUAAGCAAAUCUUGUCUGCUAAAUGAACUAGAGUAGCCCACAGCCAUAUGGCAUAGCCAGAUCAGGGCCUAACAUAAGGACAACUCAGAGUAUGCUAUUCUGUUCUUCUGAAAUAGACUACAUUUUCUUCAUAUCGUGUUUCUUUAGACCUGUCUAAAAUAAAUAAUGCAUUUAUUGUGAAGGUGUAGGCUAUAUUACAUGGAUUUAUUAGACUUUUUUAAAUGUAGAUGUUCCAAAGGUCUGCAUGUGUGGAAGCCGGGAGAUGCUAAUUACGGGUCAAUUACCGUGAGACCGACAAUUAUUUGGUUGACAAUCACCGGCUGACCGCCACAGCUCUACCUAGGAUCCCGUAUAAGGGAAGAGAUGUCCUAAAGUAAUUCUCAGUUUGGUUGUUGUAGUCCCACAGUUGGAUUAGGCUCUAGUAGUAGGGGGUGUUUGUCUGGGGUGUUUGCCCCAAUAUGGAGCCUUGAUAGUGGGAUUGGUCAGUGAUGGACAGGGCCUCCCUCCCUGGAGCUACCAGACCAUGUGUGUUUGAUGUGGAUGCUUCACUUUGGGAUCCAUCCACCCCUCCCCAUUUUGUUUUACAGUGUAUUUUAACUGUUCCUUUCAUCUGUGGCGGCACUGUGCCGGACGCCCGCUCCGCAAUUAAGGGCUAAUCUUUUCUAAAUGGCACUAAAUAAAGUCCCAAAUCCCCUCCCUUCUGGGUCUAAGAGGAUGAAUCCCAGCCGCUGUGCUCAGGGCUUAUGGAUGUCUGGGAGCCAGGCCAGGGCACAGCGACACUCGGAGCUCAGCCCAGGGAAAAGAGCGCCUGCCUGGGUGCUGCUGCCCUGACGCUCCCCUGUCCUCCCCUGCCUGAUGCUCUACCGGCACUGGUUCCCUACUAG